GUCUCCCUGCGCCUGAGGUUUUCUGUUGUGGCAGAACCCCAUCUCCACCAGCAUCAUCUUCCGCAUCACAUACCCCUCUCCCCACUAUCCCACUACCCAAACCUCCCCAACCGCCAUCAUGACUGAAUACGUCAAGGUCGAGAAGAUUGUGCCCAAGUUCCCCCCGCCGGCGUUCAGCGACAUCGCCAAGGCGUCCAACGACCUCAUCAACAAGGACUUCUACCACACUGCCGCGGCUGCCCUUGAGGUCAAGCUCAAGGCCCCCAAUGGUGUGAACUUCACUGCCAAGGGCACGUCGCCGCACAGCGGCCCCGUCACCUCGUCUCUCGAGGGCAAGAAGGCUCUUUCCAACGGUAUUGCCAUUACACAGUCGUGGAACACUGCCAACCUCCUGGCCACAAAGGUCGAGCUUACCGACACCUUCGCCAGCGGCCUGAAGACCGAGGUCCUCUCCAACUUCAACCCCGCUGCCGGCAACAAGGGCCAGAAGCUCAACCUUCUGUUCAAGCAGCCCAACUUCCACGGCCGCGUCUUCGCCGACUACUCGGCGACUGGUGCCAUUGGCGCUCUCGCCGAUGCUGUCAUCAGCCACGAGGGCUUCGUUGUUGGUGGUGAGGUUGGUUACGAUGUGCAGAAGGCUGCCAUCACCAAGUACUCCGCUGCUCUUGGUUACACCACUCCCCUGUACAACGCCGCCGUCACCGCGACCAACUCCCUGAGCGUCUUCUCUGCGUCGUACUACCAGAAGGUCAACACCGCCGUUGAGGCUGGUGCCAAGGCUACCUGGGACUCCAAGUCGGGCUCCAACGUCGGUCUCGAGCUCGCUGCCAAGUACAAGGUUGACCCUCUCUCCUUCGCCAAGGCCAAGAUCAACAACCUCGGCAUUGCGUCGCUCGCGUACAACACCAAGGUCAACAGCGGUCUGACUUUCGGCAUUGGCGGCUCUUUCGAUACCCAGAAGCUGAACGAGGCCGGGCACAAGCUCGGCACCAGCUUCACCUUUGAGGGUUAAGCGCGUUUUGUGUGGAAUGGAGUGAAAAGAAACAGUGUGUUUAGAUUCCCUUGGUUCUAUAGCAACGCGGUCUCUGGAUCAUCAUGUGGUGGAGUGAGCGAGUGUGUAGCAUGUACAAGAGUUUGUCUCAAAUGCAUCCUGAAAACUGGAGUAGGC